AUGGACAUGGACGCACGCGAAGCCCCCGGAGAUGCCUCGCCAAUCUUCGACAACUUUGACAUCGACCUCAUUGUUAAGGUCGUCAUGCACACAAUUCUGAGCCCGUUUUUCACGUUCUUCAUCCCGGUGUUCUACUACUUCCAGGGCAUGCCAUGGUACCAUCCUGUGUUGCUCAGCUCUGCAAUAUACGUGAUGGCAGUGUCCGCGUUCUGGUUCUUCAAGUGGUGCUCUCGACUGUACAGGAAUCAGGGCAGCCUACUAUAUGCGCCUGCGCCGUUGGACUGGGGAGAGCAGAUCGUCGUCAUCACCGGAGGUGCAUCUGGCAUGGGAGAACUCAUCGCGAAUACUUGUGCUGUGCGCAAUGUUACUGUUGUUGUGUUGGAUGUCAACCCUAUCGUCACGGAGAACUACAACAUCAACUAUUACAAGUGCGACGUCUCAAAAUGGGAGGAGGUAGAGGCUGUCUCGAAGAAGAUCAUUGAGGACAUUGGCCACCCGACAAUCCUUAUCAACAACGCAGGCGUCGUUCAGGGAAAGCUGCUGCUAGAUCUCACUCCCGAGGACAUCCAGCAGACAUUCUCCGUGAACACCCUUGCUCACUUCUGGACGCUGAAGGCAUUCCUUCCUGGAAUGAUUGAGCGCAAGACCGGUCACAUUGUCACGAUGUCGUCCGUCGCAGGCAUGGUUGGUAUGGCACGGAUGACUGACUACAACGCCUCCAAGGCCGCCCUCAUCUCUCUUCAUGAGUCUCUGCGCUACGAGCUGGACCACAAAUACAAGACGCCCGGAAUCCGGACGACGCUCGUCAUGCCCGGACACGUCCUCACGCCGCUCUUCUCCAAGGUCCGUCUGCCCACCGCGUGGUGGUACCGUUUCCUCGUCCCGAGCUUGCCUCCCGUCGCGGUGGCCAAGGCGGUGAUCGCCGCGCUGGAUGAUCAGCACUCGCAAGAGAUCCUCAUGCCGUUCUACGCGAACUUCGUGCCGUACUUGACCUUGUGCCCCAGCUUCGUUCGCGACUUUGGUCAAUGGCUUUCGGGAUGCGACUAUGCCAUGGAUGGCUUUAUCAAAGUGACUGGACGUCGCCCGGAGGAGGGUCCUGCGCCUAGCAAAUCAGAGAAGGACUGA